AGAGUAGUGAGAGCACGCAGUACUAGAAACUGGAGGCAACGUUGGUUGAGUAUUCCUCAGUUGCACUUUCAGACAUUGGAAUUACAGCAGCAGUACCUUUUCUUAAUAGAGGGACAACCAACCAUGGCGGGACUUGAAUAAAGACGCGAGCCGAGCGAUAUUCGCCCAAACACUUUCCGCAUUUCUAUUUCAUACUCAAGUCGCUCCUCUUUUGCCCAAUGCAUCGGCGCUCUGUGGAGAAAGGACAGUGUUAAAACACUUUACUGGACUCAGUGAGAAGAAGAGAAGAGAAAUCCAAGUAAUUUUAAAGCAGAAUGGCGGACCGUGAUACGUUACCCCUUCCUUUGGAGGUGCGAACCAGACUUGCAGAGCUGGAACUGGAGUUAUCAGAGGGUGACAUCACACAGAAAGGCUAUGAAAAGAAGAGGUCCAAAUUAAUUGGGGCCUUCCUCCCUCAGGCACCAGGUAAAGGGAUGGACCCCUCUGUGCCCCACGAGAGGAGAACCCCCGUCACUCCUGGCUCCUCCUCUCGCUACCACCGCCGCCGCUCCUCUGGCUCCCGGGACGAACGCUACAGAUCAGAUGUCCACACAGAGGCUGUGCAGGCGGCUCUGGCCAAACAGAAGGAGCGUGGUAAGAUGGCAGUACCCAUGCCCUCCAAGCGCCGCUCCCUGGUCGUGCAGUCCUCCAUGGAUGCCUACACUCCCCCAGGUGAGGAACAUAUAGGACUCCAAGACACGUCGUCGGGCUCGGAGGGCGAGGGCUCCAUGCAAGGUGAAGGCACACCAACCUCCAGCCAGAGCAGCAUCAACAUGGAGAACUGGAUCAGCCGUGCCAUCCACGGCUCCACCACCUCCUCCACCACCUCCUCCUCUUCCACUCAGAGUGGAGGGAGCGGGGCAGCCAGCCGGCUAGCAGACGUCAUGGGCCAGACGCACCUCGGUAAGUCAGGGCCCAUUGCUCACCUCUCUCUGAAGAGGAAAACUAGGAAGGUCCUGGGUCCUCCGGCCCCAGUCACAGUAGAGAAUGGGAACACAGGUCCAGGUCCUGUGGUGCGCCGGUCCUGUGAGUUUGGAUCAGGUGGAUCAGAGCUCGUCUGGCAACAGCCCCCUCUGGAGAAGCAGGAGAACCACUCUGCCCCUCCAGAUGUCACCAGCUACACCACAGACUCCAUACAGGUGGAGAGACCCCAGGGCUCCACCACAACAUCCAGGUCCACGCCCAAAUAUGGUAAUGCAGAGCUCAUGGAGACCGGAGAUGGCGUUCCAGUAGGUGGCCGAGUGUCAGCCAAGAUCCAACAGCUAGUCAACACGUUGAAGAGACCCAAACGACCUCCCUUAAGAGAAUUCUUCGUUGACGACUUCGAAGAACUCCUGGAGGUCCAACAGCCAGACCCCAACCAGCCCAAAGCGGAGGGGGCUCAGAUGCUGGCGAUGAGGGGGGAGCAGCUAGGGGUGGUCACUAACUGGCCCCUGUCGCUGGAGGCUGCCCUGCAGAGGUGGGGCACCAUCUCUCCCAAAGCUCCAUGCCUCACCACUAUGGACACCAACGGAAAACCACUGUACAUUUUAACCUACGGAAAACUCUGGACGCGGAGUAUAAAGGUGGCCUAUAACAUCCUCCACAAGCUGGGGAGCAAGCAGGAACCCAUGCUCAGACCUGGAGACCGGGUGGCUCUGGUCUUUCCCAACAACGACCCGGCUGCCUUCAUGGUUGCCUUUUAUGGCUGCCUCCUGGCGGAGGUUGUCCCUGUGCCAAUCGAAGUGCCACUUACGAGAAAAGAUGCAGGGAGCCAGCAGAUAGGCUUUCUGCUGGGGAGCUGUGGGGUGACGGUUGCCUUGACGAGCGACGCCUGCCAUAAAGGCCUUCCUAAGAGUCCCACGGGGGAAAUUCCACAGUUCAAAGGCUGGCCAAAGCUGCUGUGGUUUGUGACUGAAUCCAAGCACUUAUCCAAACCCCCCAGAGACUGGUUCCCACAUAUCAAGGAUGCGAAUAACGAGACAGCCUAUAUUGAGUAUAAGACGUGUAAAGAUGGCAGUGUGCUGGGAGUGACGGUGAUGAGGAUCGCUCUGCUGACUCACUGUCAGGCCCUCACCCAAUCCUGUGGAUACACAGAAGCUGAGACCAUAGUGAAUGUAUUAGACUUUAAGAAGGACGUGGGGCUGUGGCAUGGCAUUCUCACUAGUGUGAUGAACAUGAUGCAUGUUAUCAGUAUACCCUACUCACUGAUGAAGGUCAACCCACUGUCCUGGAUCCAGAAAGUGUGCCAAUACAAAGCGAAGGUGGCGUGUGUGAAGUCCCGAGACAUGCACUGGGCCUUGGUGGCACACAGGGACCAGAGGGACAUCAACCUGAGCUCACUACGCAUGCUGGUGGUGGCCGAUGGAGCCAACCCCUGGUCCGUCUCGUCGUGUGAUGCGUUCCUCAAUGUCUUCCAGAGUAAGGGGCUGAAGCCGGAGGUUAUCUGUCCCUGUGCCAGCUCCCCAGAGGCCCUCACUGUAGCCAUCAGGAGGCCGACAGAUGACAGUAACCAGCCCCCAGGAAGAGGAGUACUGUCCAUGCAGGGUCUGAGUCACGGGGUCAUCCGGGUGGACUCUGAGGAGAAGCUGUCUGUUCUCACCUUGCAGGAUGUCGGCACUGUUAUGCCAGGAGCUCUCAUGUGUGUAGUGAAACCAGAUGGGGUUCCGCAGUUAUGCAAAACAGAUGAGAUCGGGGAGCUGUGUGUGGGUUCUAUUGCCACGGGGACGUCGUACUACGGUCUCUCAGGCAUGACCAAGAACACCUUUGAGGUGUUCCCCAUGAACAGUGUUGGGGCUCUCAUCAGUGAGUACCCCUUCACCAGGACAGGCUUGCUGGGCUUCGUGGGUCCUGGGGGACUGUGCUUCAUCGCUGGCAAGAUGGACGGCCUCAUGGUGGUGGGGGGAAGGAGGCACAACGCUGACGACAUCGUGGCUACAGCCCUGGCUGUGGAGCCCAUGAAGUUUGUCUACAGGGGGAGGAUAGCAGUGUUCUCCAUCUCUGUGUUACAUGAUGAGAGGAUCGUGGUGGUGGCAGAGCAGAGACCUGACUCUACAGAGGAGGACAGCUUUCAGUGGAUGAGCAGAGUGCUGCAGGCCAUAGAUGGGAUCCACCAAGUGGGGGUGUAUUGCCUGGCCCUGGUCCCCUCCAACACGCUUCCUAAAACCCCUCUGGGGGGAAUCCACCUGUCAGAGAGCAAGCAGCUGUUCCUGGAGGGCUCCCUGCACCCCUGCAACGUCCUCAUGUGUCCCCAUACCUGUGUCACCAACCUGCCCAAGCCCCGGCAGAAACAACCGGAGAUCGGGCCUGCCUCUGUGAUGGUGGGGAACCUGGUGUCGGGGAAGAGGAUUGCCCAGGCUAGCGGCAGGGACCUGGGCCAGAUGGAAGACAAUGAUCAGGCAAGGAAGUUCCUCUUCCUCUCUGAAGUGUUACAAUGGAGGGCCCAGACCACUCCGGACCAUGUGCUUUACACACUUCUCAACUGCAGGGGGACGAUAGCCAGCUCUCUGACAUGUGUCCAAUUGCAUAAGAGAGCAGAGAAGAUUGCCACCAUGCUGGCGGAGCGAGGACACCUGCAGGACGGGGAUCACGUUGCGCUCGUCUACCCCCCUGGGAUUGACCUGAUCGCAGCGUUCUACGGGUGCCUGUAUGCGGGCUGCGUGCCAAUCACUGUGCGACCUCCGCACCCCCAGAACAUAGCCACCACUCUGCCCACAGUGAAGAUGAUCGUGGAGGUGAGCCGCUCGGCGUGUAUGAUGACCACAGCGGUGAUCUGUAAACUGCUGAGGUCGAAGGAGGCCUCAGCAGCAGUGGACGUCAGGUCCUGGCCUCCUGUCCUGGACACAGACGAUCUGCCAAAGAAGAAACCUCCAUUGUUGUACAAGCCCUCCAACCCAGACACACUGGCCUACCUGGACUUCAGUGUGUCCACCACAGGGAUGCUAGCAGGAGUGAAGAUGUCUCAUACUGCCACCAGUGCCUUCUGCCGUUCUAUCAAGUUGCAGUGUGAGCUGUACCCCUCUCGUGAGGUGGCUAUCUGUCUGGACCCCUACUGCGGCCUGGGCUUCGUCCUCUGGUGCCUUUGCAGUGUGUACUCCGGCCACCAGUCGAUCCUGAUCCCGCCUUCGGAGUUGGAGGUGAACCCUGCUCUGUGGCUGCUAGCUGUCAGCCAGUACAAGGUCAGGGACACCUUCUGCUCCUACAGCGUCAUGGAGCUUUGCACCAAGGGCCUGGGCCUGCAGACCGAAUCCCUCAAGUCUCGGGGCCUGGACCUGUCGCGGGUCAGGACGUGUGUGGUGGUGGCGGAGGAGAGACCCAGGAUAGCUCUGACUCAGUCCUUCUCCAAGCUCUUCAAAGACCUGGGCCUCCACCCCCGAGCAGUCAGCACCUCGUUCGGCUGCAGAGUCAACCUGGCCGUCUGUCUGCAGCCUCACAGGCUGGGGAAGCUUGCUGACCAGGGAACUUCAGGACCAGACCCAACCACUGUGUAUGUGGACAUGAGAGCGCUGAGGCACGACAGGGUUCGUCUGGUAGAGAGAGGUUCUCCACACAGUUUACCACUCAUGGAAUCUGGAAAAAUUCUACCUGGGGUUCGAAUUAUCAUCGCUAACCCGGAGACCAAGGGACCGCUGGGAGACUCGCAUCUUGGAGAGAUCUGGGUAUGCAGUGGACACAAUGCCAGCGGCUACUUCACAGUGUAUGGAGACGAGGCCCUGCAGUCAGACCACUUUACCUCCCGUCUGAGCUUUGGAGACACACAGACAAUCUGGGCCCGCACCGGAUACCUGGGCUUCCUCAGGAGGACCGAACUGACUGAUGCCAGCGGGGAGCGACACGAUGCCCUGUACGUGGUGGGGGCGUUGGAUGAGGCCAUGGAGCUGAGGGGAAUGAGGUACCACCCCAUCGACAUCGAGACCUCCGUUAUCAGGACGCAUAAGAGCAUCACAGAAUGUGCGGUGUUUACGUGGACCAACCUCCUGGUGGUGGUGGUGGAGCUGGAUGGGUCGGAGCAGGAGGCCCUGGACCUGGUGCCCCUGGUGACCAACGUGGUUCUGGAGGAACACUACCUGAUCGUGGGGGUGGUGGUGGUGGUGGACAUUGGGGUCAUCCCCAUCAACUCCCGGGGGGAGAAGCAGAGGAUGCACCUCCGGGACGGCUUCCUGGCCGACCAGCUGGACCCCAUCUACGUGGCUUAUAACAUGUAGCCUGCCAGCUGGAGACCUACUAGACCAUAGACAAGGCCUUGAACCGACGGGCCGAGCUUUAUGUACAUACUGCAAUGCAACAGGACCUCUGGUCUCUGAGGAGGGGGAGAGAGGACCUCUGGUCUCUGAGGAGGGGGAGAGAGGACCUCUGGUCUCUGAGGAGGGGGAGAGGACGUGAGUCCUGGAUCCAGGCGCUCGCCUAGUUUGUGGGACGUUGCCGCUAGUUCAAAACAAAAACGCCUAGAAUUGUCAGGAACAGGAGACUGGUUAGUGUGGUGAAAGAUUGGAAUGGAAGGAGCUCUGUGUGUCGAUGAUGGGAGAGUGCCAGUCUAGUUGAUUAGAUUUGAGCUUUUUUGGUUAUUGCUUUAAGUGUGUAUAUAUUUUCAUGUUGCGUAUUGCUGAAGUCGCUUGUUGUUUUUUAUCUGCCCUCUAAGAGGUCAGGGUAUUUUUAAAGAAUAUUUACACGCUGUGGCAAAUGGUAUUUUAUGUUGACCUUUUUUUAUAUCAGUCAUUACAAAUACAGAUAUGUUUUGAUACAGGACAUAUCAAGUUUGUGCUUGAACUUUACAAUAUGAGGUAAAACAUAUUGUUUUAUUUUUGUUUUUUUUACCAACUACGUUUUUAGUUCUGUGCUAACAUUUAUUUUUUUGUGACAACUGUCCCAACUACAAGGGAAACCAGUGAGAAACCAGUGGGAAACCAGUGAGAAACCAGUGAGAAACCAGUGAGAAACCAGUGAGAAACCAGUGAGAAACCAGUGGGAAACCAGUGAGAAACCAGUGAGAAACCAGUGGGAAACCAGUGAGAAACCAGUGAGAAACCAGUGAGAAACCAGUGAGAAACCAGUGUGAUUAUUUCAACUACAGCAGCCUUUUACUCAGUUGUCUUGUUCAAUAUCAUUAUACUUCAAUUGAAGGAAAACACUAUGUUAUUUCAUAUCAUGUAAGUAUGUACAAAAACUGAUUUUAAUUUAUUUUGUUCACUUUAGAAGUAUAUGAGAGAGGACAUUCAAGAAUGUUUUAAUCUUGAAUAUUUGCUAAUAUAAAAACAAAGCAUUGUAUUAUCUUGAGUGAAUACUAGUAUCACAUCAAGUAUAUCAAAUAUAGAUCUAUAUUAAUUAAAAAGACCUAGGAUUCACCAAGGAAAAUGUGUGCAGUUAUUGAGAGGACAGUCUGAAUCCUUAUAGUCAUCCCCUUUUAUGUCCUUCAAACAACUCAACAUGUUCAGCUCUGUGUACGUCAGACAUCAUGCAGUACUGCAUUUCAGAGAUAAACAGCUCUGAAAGGAUCAAAAGCACUUUUUGAGAAAUGUCUGUGAGAAGGAUGAUGGUAGAAACGCCUCCGGCGGGAGUGAUGAUGAGUAUGUCUUUGUGCUGGCAUGUCAAACACUUGUUUCUGAAACAACAGGUUGGAGAUCUUCACCAGAAUUUAAUAAAAAGUUUAGUCCUUAAUAUUUUUACAUUGAGAGACCAAUCAGGGCUCCUAUAUUGAUGUCAGAGGGGAAAAUUACAAGACAACACUUUUACGGAAACCCUUUAGAGGAAUAAAUCCUGAGGCAACUAUCAUAAUGUGGAAGAGCAGUUUUGGGGGAGAGUGAAACCUUAAAUCUGUGUGGAAACAUACAUGAUUUGAUGGUAAAGUUCAUGGCUAAGAAUGUUUUAGUUCAACACAUUAGAAUCUUUAAAAGCACUUUCUAGUAUCUACACAGCAUUCUUUUUAUUGGCAAGAAUGACCCUGACUUUUUUUUUAAAUCAAAAAAUGUCUGAACUGAGUUGGGAUAAGUCUUUGAAUUAAAUAAAUAUUUCAAUGAUUUUGACUAUAAAA